AUGAUAGAUCUUACUGCAGACUGGGCCAGGGACCGCACCUCUCGGUCGCUGCAACACCACCCACAUACCAAGAUCAAGAAACUGGCAAUCGUAAAGCGAGCCGCUAAACUUGGUUUUGAACGGAAACCUAGGUCUUACUCUUCCACUUUGUUCGACCGGAGUCCUCUCAUAGAGAAGCCGGGCAACAACAGAACACCUACAGCAAGAUUGUGCGAGACCGAUGGUGCCAUCAAUGGAACAAAAUCAAAUUCGAGGAAAGAGGCUCUUGAUGAGUACAAAUCUAAAGUAGAGAUGUCUCCGGCUGCAAUGCCUUCGAGUCCUACAUUCUCAGAGGCCUACUCACUGGAAUCUGAAGCAGGGAGUGAUGAUGAUCAGAGCUCAAGCAUUGUUAAAGCUAAACGAUCAUCCCACGCGAUUUCAGUCUCAUGA